AUGGAGAUGGAGCGCGUGACUGAGUUUCCACACACGCAUAUGGACCGGCGACCGAGAAAGAGGCCGCGGUUAGGCUGGGACGUCGUUCCUCAAGGCCCUAAGGCUCAGCUUGGUUUGUUUUGUGGACAAGAGGUUGGGAAUGUGACAAGCUUUGCAUCUUCAAGUGCACCUUCCGACCAUACUAGUUCUCUGUUUGUUAAGGGAGUGGCACGAAAUGGUUCUCCCCCAUGGCGAGAAGAUGACAAAGAUGGACAUUAUAUGUUUGCGCUUGGAGAAAAUUUAACUUCUCGCUAUAAAAUACACGGAAAAAUGGGUGAAGGCACAUUUGGUCAGGUCCUGGAAUGCUGGGACAAGGAUAUGAAAGAAAUGGUUGCCAUUAAAAUUGUUCGUGGCAUUAAGAAAUAUCGUGAGGCAGCUAUGAUUGAAGUUGGAGUGCUGCAACAGCUUGGUAACCAUGAUAAAGGUGGCAAUCGUUGUGUGCAAAUACGGAACUGGUUUGACUAUCGUAACCAUAUCUGUAUUGUGUUUGAGAAGCUUGGACCUAGCUUGUAUGAUUUUCUACGGAAAAACAAUUACCGCUCUUUUCCCAUUGAUCUUGUCCGUGAGAUUGGCAGACAACUGUUGGAAUGUGUAUCAUUCAUGCAUGAUUUGAGACUCAUACACACUGAUUUGAAGCCUGAGAACAUACUCCUUGUUUCUCCUGAGUAUGUUAAGGUUCCAGAAUACAAGGGUUCAUCACGCACUCCAAAAGAUAGUUCUUACUUCAAAAGAGUUCCUAAAUCAAGUGCUAUAAAAGUGAUUGAUUUUGGCAGCACAACACAUGAUCGUCAGGAUCUGACUUACAUUGUAUCAACACGACAUUACCGUGCACCGGAGGUUAUUCUAGGACUUGGUUGGAGUUACCCUUGUGAUAUAUGGAGCGUUGGCUGUAUUUUGGUGGAGCUAUGCACGGGAGAAGCAUUGUUCCAAACACAUGAGAACUUGGAGCACCUUGCCAUGAUGGAGAGGGUCCUUGGUCCACUGCCCCCGCACAUGUUGAAAAGAGUAGACCGGCAUGCAGAGAAAUAUAUGAGAAAGGGUAAAUUGGACUGGCCUGAAGGUGCGACCUCGAGAGAAAGUAUAAAAGCUGUUCUGAAGCUUCCCCGCCUUCAGAAUCUAAUCAUGCAGCAUGUUGACCAUUCAGCAGGGGAUCUCAUAAAUCUCUUGCAAGGGCUCCUUAGGUAUGAGCCCUCAGAAAGGUUGAUGGCACGUGAGGCCCUCAGACAUCCUUUCUUCAUCGGGGAUCAUCUGAGACGAUCAUGA